UUUUAUAGGCCAUGAGGGCAUUCAUUGAAUCGAACUUUAAACUGCUUGACAUAGACAGCGAUGGAAUUGUUGGAGUGAAAGAAUACCGUUAUAACUGCAUAACUAGAAUAGCCAUCGACGACAUUGCCCCAAUUGACAAAGCCUUUGAAACAUUGCUAAACGACGAUGAUCGGAAAUGUGGAGGUCUUUCGCUAAACCGGUACAAAGAACUUUAUGGUCAAUUUUUGGGUAACACAGCUGAUAAUCAUCUGGCAGUGAAUCUUUUUGGACCUUUAUAAAUAUUCUUUUAAAAUUAAUUAUCUUCGCUGUUGUUCAACUACUAUUUAUUAAGAUGUAUUUGUAAUUACUAUGACUUAAAAUUUAUUAUCACAUAGCAAUAAAACAUUUAUAUCAUUUUGCGUAGAAUCGUCAGAUGACCAGUUCGUUAACUUUAAUGUUUUAUAGUUAGUUAAGUACCUUUGCUCUCAGAAGUUAAAUAUAGGUUAUGAUGUU